UCGCUGCUCUGAAUUGGGCGUUACGUGGAGCUCAAUCAGCUCUCCGGGAGCGGAGUCAGUAUCAGUCUACACUUUACGAAGGUCUUUGAGCUCCAAACGCUCCGGUCGGGCCGGAAAACAAACAAUUUUUCGCGUUCUUAACUUUUACAAAUAUUAAUAAAGAGAGCCAACAGAAGCUCCGGACGUCUACGACCUUGGACCGGGGCACAUGGAAACACUAUGCGGCUGGAAAGAGAGCGGUCUUCGCCGUAGUUUCACUUGAGAAAGAGGCGAAAUGACCAUGUUCACUUCGUUGCUGGCUCCAUUGCUGCCUCUGAUACUUCUUUUUCGGAUUUCUUGUUGCCAGUACUCAAGUGACCAAUGCAGCUGGAAGGGCAGCGGGCUGACCCAUGAAGGCCACACCAGGGAUGUGGAGCAGGUGUACUUGCGCUGCUCACAGGGCUCCUUGGAGUGGCUCUACCCAACGGGCGCCAUCAUCGUCAACCUACGGCCCAACGUGGUGUCCCCUGCCGCCGCCCGCCUCUCCGUCUGCAUUAAACCCCUGACGAACUCUAGCGGCACGAACUUCUACUUGGAUCUUAAUGGGAAGCUGCGGUUGCUGCUGAGCGAGGAUGGUCAGGCGGAGGGGAAGGUGCACUGCUUUAGCAUUCAGGAGGGGGCGCUGUUCAUCGAGGCUGUCCCGCGCUUGGACAUAAGCCGGCGGAUUACAGCGUUCCAGUAUGAGCUGGUCAGCGACAGGCUGAGGGACGCACAGAAACUUGGUGCACCCUGCCAGCCCUGCAGUGACGAGCAGAUACAUCUAGCAGUCUGCACCAGCGAUUUUGUGGCGCGCGGGACUAUUAAGAAGGUCAAGCAGGAGGAGGAGCACUCUUCUCUCAGCGUGGAGAUCAGCCGCCUCUACAGACAGAAAACCCAGAUUUUUCUCUCUGGGGGUGUGAGGGUACGGACCUGGACUGGCCUCAUCAAGAUGCCCCGCCAUUGCGGGGCAAAGGCCGGAGAGGGCGAGUUCCUCUUCAUGGGGGCGGUGAGGUUUGGGGAGGCGUGGAUGAGCUGUGCGCCGCGGUACAAAGACUUCCUGCGGGUGUAUCAGGAGGCGCAGCAGCAGGGGACGAACCUCUGUCACGUGGACACUGACUGACUCUUUUCCUCGCAGCUCGACGGUUAGAGAGGCUGAAAGACUGAGCAGAAUCACGCCCCUCUCCUGCCACCCCAGGAGUAUUUCAGUGACGAUGCGUGGAGCUCCCGAAUGUAAUGAAGCAGCUCUAUUUGAAGCAAAGGCAGCGCGUUCGGACUCUCUGCACGACGAACCGCAGUUCAAAAUGUAGCGAAAUGCCGUUUGGUUUUAUAUGUAUAAAAUGUGAAUGAUUGUUGUA